AUGAAUUUUGUUUAUUGUCUUCUCUUGCUACAUAACAAAAGCUAUUUAUUUCAUUCAGUUUAUGCGCUGAUCGGAGACGUGACGUUAAUUGCCCGCUCCAAUCAAUAUAACAAAAAUGUGGACCACUAUGACCCAUUCCACAAUUCCCAGUAUUUCUUAGAAGGCAAAACGUACUGUGGAUUGCUGAUCAAGGGUCCAAUGCUUGCACUACUCAAGCGUCGGAUUUAA